UUUGUGUUUACUCAAAUGGAGUAUAUUAGCCAAUUAGCAAACGUACCGUGUUUAUUAUAACUGUCAGCAUAGGCCGAACAAAUACUUGAAAACGGAUCACAAAGCUUGUCAAAACAAUUUCUCUGCGCUCAAGAUUUGUUUGUUCGUUUCCAUGUUAUUCCAAGAUGAUUACUUGUCACAAAGUAAGAAGACCUCAGGCAAAUUCAAAAUCAAGUCGGUUUGUGUUAGGACCUCUACACCCCUCCCCGUUGCCAAGCCACUGAUAACUACUCUGAAACUCGAGUGAGUCUCGGCUGACCCCACGGGCACUUUGCUCUGACACUCGACUGUAAAUCCAUUCCCCCGACAGGCCAAAAAAAUGGAAUGUGCCCUGCGUCACCAUGGUAACGGUAACUGGUUAAAAAGAUUAGCAGGAGGCGUGACGGCAGUAGUUGUUCCUGAGGACGGACAUCUAAGUGGCGGAGCGAAUGAAGACUGCUUUCUCGCUGGCACAACCAGCGUGCUAAAUGGAGUGUCGUCUGCUUGACCGCGAGUUCAACUGGACUGUAGCUGAACAGAGUGCUCCGAGUUAUUGCAGCCAGGAAAGAGUUUGCAUCCUCGAUUGGAAAAACUCCGUUGUACGAUUGUGGGAACGUUCUGAGAAACAUAACAAAUGGAAAUGAGGAUUUUGAGCUUCAAUCUCUUGACCUAAAUUUGGUAAAAAGCACUACUGAAAUCCCUACUCCAUCUCGAGAAAUUAAGGAAAGUAUGUCCAAGUUUUCUCCAAAGUGUAUGUGAAUCUUCGUCAUUGUUUGCGAGACUUUUGGCCCACCAAAAUUUCCAGAUUGACUCAAAUAGAUCAAACCUUUUAACGUUGAAUUUUAUAAAACAAAAAAGGUAUUGUCAUCAAUAUUGAUUAUUUUAUGUAAUAUUCCUUAAAAAACCCAGGUUUGAAGUAAAAAUAAAAAUGGCAGCCGAAGAGAAUCUGCUGCCCGCCCUUCUAGGUUCAGCUUUCGAUCAGAUCGCUAAAAGUAACACCACGUUGGUUCGUUACCGACCAGAGGGUAAUCUGACGGACUGGCUGCCAGGAAACGGCACCGGGUUAACCCCAUCGUCUCAACCCUCCGGAGAACCAGAGGAAGAUUACUGCGAUCUGCAGUACGGGAUUCAAGACAAGACCGUACAGUCACUGAUUAGCACCGUCUAUUCAUUGACUAUCGUCCUGUCUGUAGCCGGUAAUGUCCUGGUGAUUGCCGUGCUAGGCUUCGCUGCCCGAGCCAAGACGGAUCUGAAUCAUUUCCUGGUCAAUCUGGCUGUGGCUGAUCUCCUCUCAGCUAUCUUCUGUAUGCCCUUCACCUUCGUCUACAUCAUGAAAGAAGACUGGCUCUUCGGCUCCUUGGGAUGCCCUCUUGUCUUCUUCAUUCAACAGGUGGCCAUCUGCGUAAGUGUCUUCACGCUAACUGCCGUCAGCAUAGAUCGCUACUUCGCAGUAGUGCGCCCUCUCAAGGCACGCAUGGCCAGGUCCAACACCAAGACCAUUCUAGUCAUCUCAGGCAUCUGGGUAGCAUCAGGCAUGAUGGGAAUGGUACAGCUCCUACUGGCUCGGACCAAAGAGUACGAGUGGUGCUAUGGAGAGCGCCACCUAGCGGUCUGCACCGAGCAUUGGCCUAACGCCAACCUGGAGUUUGGCUACGAGAUCUUCAAUAUGGCUGCCACUUACUUCGCGCCGCUGGCCAUAUUCUGUUUUACUUACAGCGUAGUUGGGCGGAAAUUGUGGGGAAGAAAUCUCCCUGGCAACGCCGAUCAUAUGCGAGAUGCUUGCCACCAGAAGGCCAAGAGAAAGGUAAUCAAGGUGCUAAUGAUGAUUGUCUUCCUCUUCAUCGGUUCUUGGCUACCUCUCUACGUCUACCAUCUGAUUGUCAUCACUGACAGCGCUGUGGUCAGCAAGUAUCCCAACUUCUUCUUCGUCUACUUCUUUACGGGUCAUUGGCUUGCCAUGGCAAACAGUUUCAUGAAUCCCAUCGUCUUUGGCUUCUUGAACGAUAGCUUCAGGGCUGACGUGCGUCGAUUGUUACAGCGAUGUGGACCAUGUACGGAGAAGCUUGGCCAUCGGCGUCGCCUUCGGAGCCGACUGAGCACGACGUCUAGUCUCACCACACGCACCUCUUCUCUGUUCAUUCAUCAACGGUCCAGUAAAAAUGGCGGCCCUCCGACCAGGCCCGACAGCUUGGAACCAUGUGACCAGCAAGCAUUAGAGAGGAUUGGUGAUGGACAGACAUGGAACGAAAGGACCUACACGCCCAACGGAAGAGACCAACUACUGGUAGAAGACUACUCGCCAUAAACAUGACAGACUUCAGUCGGAGACUACCUAAAGUGGCGGUGGAUGGAAAUGAGAGAAGAUGAAAGAUCUAGAUUUACAUUUUAAGACCAUUUCUUAUAAGCACAUAUAUGAGCCAUCCCUUGUCUCUUUGGAUUACCAGAUUGUACAUAAAAUUUAAGAUUAACGACAAGUUGUAAAUCAUUUUUGACACUAUGACAGACUUGGAAUUGGGCAAUGAGAAUAUAUACAUUUUUAACCAGUUCUUAUAGAAAACUGGUGCACAUAACUCGAAUUAGGGAAUUAAAAACCACCAUUCCAGCAUAUUUGCAUUCACUGCCAAAUUAACUUUUCCUUUUUAAAAAAGUUAAAAUUCAAUUGCAGAAUCCCCAUCAAAACUGUAUAGGCCUAACUACCCACUCUGUAUACUUUGAAGAGAUAUUCCUUCGUCAAAAUAUGCCGUUAUGGUUUGCAAAUGCUCGGCUUUUCCCACAACCAGCCAUUAAUCAUUAAUGCUAUCAAAAUGUAAUUUUGAAUACUUUAAUUACAAUAAUUGAACUUUAAAGUUAGAAUUCGAGAUAAGCAUUGUUCUCUUUGAACUUGUCUUCGUCUCUUCAUAUUUUGUAGAAGUAAACACUUUUACCUUAAAACUAAUGUUUGUUUUAGUUUGUGCAGACAUUAUAUAUUGCAAAAAUAUGAUAAUAUAUAUAACUAUAUAUGUUUUAUUAAUUGUGUAUAUAUGCUUUUA